UCCCAGGACCAUGGACGCACAUUACCCUUCAGUUUAAGUUGGCAUUUUAGUGAAGUGACGCGAGUUCCAGCGGCGCUUUCCGUCCCUCGAAAAUGGAGACCUGCGGCAUGAGCUUCAUCAAAUAUCUGCUCUUCAUCUUCAAUUUGAUUUUUGCGAUAUCUGGAAUAGGGUUGAUAAUCGCAGGAGCAGUGGUUCUGUCGGACGUGGCAGAUUUCAACCACUUCGCAGACAACGAACUACUUGGUCCCCCCAUUGUACUCAUCGUGGCAGGAGCGAUAGUCUUCAUCGUCGCAUUCCUGGGCUGUUUCGGUGCCAUCCGUGAGUCGUACAACCUGCUGAUGGCGUUUGCAGUCCUCCUCCUCAUCAUCUUCAUCAUCGAAUUGGCAUGUGGAAUCGCUUCGGCCGUUUAUCAAACCGAUUUCCAGGACACCUUCAAGAACACCCUCAAACAAUCGAUGGCAAAUUAUUCCGAGAACGACGUCGAGAAAAUCGCGUGGGACAACGUCCACAAGAAGUUCAAAUGUUGCGGCGUGAGCGGCAUUUCCGACUGGCAAGGACAAAGGUUGCCGUUGUCCUGUUGCCACUCAAAUCACGAGAUAAAAGGACAAGUCUCCGACUACUGUCAAAAUAACGGAGCGGGCAGCUUCGUCCAUUCUGUCGGUUGCUUCGACAAACUGGAAAUGAAGAUCCACUCCAACACCAAAGUUGUAAUUGGAGUUGGAAUCGGUAUCGCUUUCAUCGAGAUUAUCGGUAUCAUCCUGGCCUGUUGGUUGGCCUACACAAUAAAAAAGGAAGGAGGUGACAAAUGAGCGACUAAAGCAGUGGUUGACAUUUACGAGCAAAGGAAAAAUAUUUUUGUUUAUUAACAUCGGACGUCUAUUCUUUAAUGAAGGCGAAUUAACUAUUAAAUUAACUAUCGAAAGCAACAGUUUCUGUUAACAAUAUAUCAAGCAAUACCAAUGUUUUGUAGUUUCAGGUUUCUGAUAUUCUGAAAUUCUGAUAUAGAGGUGUUUGUAAUUAUUGAUGUAAAUAAUAAUUGUUUAUUUUGUCUCAAAUCACAAAUAUGUACAUACAUAUAACCCCUUUUCAUUCAGCUAAUCUUAUUAUUGCCUUAAUGAUGUAUGUUAUCAUAAUCAUGUUUUUGAAAUAGUUUAUUUAAGCUUUAAACAGUAUGACUAAAAAAAUAACAAAUUGUAUUCGAGCUAUAAUUAUAAUUUAUAAAUUGACAAUAUAGAUUUUUAAAUCAAUUCACUCUAUAUACUCCAUAAUGUAUAUCGUGAUGUAUGUCAUAGUAAAAAAUAUAAUGUUGUAAACGUAGAUAAAUAAAGUGUGGUAUUAAAUUA